AUGAUGAGACAUGAGCAAAAAGCAUAUACUGCCAGUGAGCGUGAGAUAGACUUGAUACGAGAAAUCAGCUGGCACCGUGGCAGAAAUCGUUUCUACCGAGCUUGCUACCAACUACUUAAAGAGUUGCAAGAGGUCGUUAGCGAAGUCACAGAUGUUCUUCUAGGUCUAUAUCAUUUCAACCCGUCACCCUUUGCCCAGAUUGAUUAUAGCCCUGUAACCGACAUCGCUUUCAGGAUGCAGGAGAUUCUGAGAACUCUGAGUGACCGAGAAUCAGAAGCCCUCAAUGCUUGGAACGAUCUCUGGACAACGGAGGUGCUGUUCCAUCGCAUCGGUCCUCGCCACUCAUGA